AAAGCCACAUCAACCGCCUCAUUUCCUAACCUGCUCUUCUCUCCUCGCAUUCGAGACAGAGAGAUCGCCUAGCAGAACACCAAGUCAAGGACCGCUUGUCUAGCACGGCUCCACACCGACGAACUUGCCUUUGUUCUGACCUUUAUACGCAUAACAUCGCAUUUGACGACGAUACCUUCUACCCUUUGUGGUUCAUAUCGUUGGUAUUUUGGUUACCAAAAGAGCCGAAAGACCAAAGCCAGGGAAAAGAAAGAGACACGAGAUCGUAGAGAGAGAGAGACGGCUCAUAUCGCCAACUCAAUUGCCGAGUUUGAACCGUACCUCGUCACCCUCCGCCUUUACCUUGUUGUUACAGCCGUUAUUGCCUAUCGACCGGAAUUCUAGGCGAUACUAUCUUAUCCACCACUCAGACAGACCGAGCCAGUACGUAGGAAACGCCAUAAUCCGGAGCAACCAUGUCCACCAUCUUCUUCAAGUUCCCCCACCAGUCCACGGAAUCCCGGUUGACUUUUGAUGGAACGCAUAUUUCGGUAUUCGAUGUCAAGAAGGAGGUCAUGCUCCAGACCAAACUCGGGAGCGGGCGGGAUUUUGAUCUCAGCGUGACGGACGCUAGUAGUAAAGAAGUUCUUACCGACGACCAUCACCAGAUCCCCCGUUCGACCUCGGUCAUCAUCCGUCGGAUCGCCCCCAACCCCAAACUCAAGAACGGGGGUACCGCCGCACGGUAUAUCGCAGGGACGUCCGCUUCUGUCGGUGGGCGGGACGAUCUCGUCGACCGGAGGGUGGAGGCUAGUUCGAGGGAGGAGCUCAUGAAUAAACGAGGUUUAGGAGGGUUGAGCCGAGGGGGUGGGAUGAUGGGUAAGGGGAAUAUGACGGCUAGGUUUGAUAAGAAGGAGGAAGAGGAUGGCUCUGCUGCACCGGCUCCACCAGCGACAGAGGAAGAAGCUAGAUUGGCGGCGUUCUUCAACGAGACGAGCAACGAGUGGGAACAGACCCACGAGGCGUUAUCACACCAAACUCGAGUGCACGGCUCGGCGCGAGGCUCUUUCCGACCCCGAGGUGGUGGGCCCGGACAUGCCGCUCCUCCUGCCAACUGGUCCGGUCAAGGUCCUCCUCCGGGGAUGUCGAGUAGCAACUGGCAUUACCUACAGAACCCGGACAAGGAGCCUCCUCCAGGAUAUAUCUGUUUCAGGUGUGGUCAAAAGGGUCACUGGAUCCAAGCUUGCCCGACGAACGAGAACCCGGAGUUCGAAGGCAAGCCCCGUUUCAAGCGGACGACGGGUAUCCCGAAAUCCUUCCUCAAGACCGUAGAGAAACCCGCCGACGGGGCGGAUUCCGACGAUCCCAACUUGGGAGGAGCUUCGGUCAUGAUCACCGGCGAUGGAUCUUUCGUCACCGUCCAGCCCGACCGACAGACGUGGAGAAAGACGACAAAACCUAAACCGCUUACCGCUGGGGAACUGCUCAACUUGACCUCUGAUGGAUCUUCUGGAGGAGGAGGACUGGCGCUCCCGCCUCAUCUGACCUGUCCGGUCUGUACAAGGUUGUUACAUACGCCUAGCAGGACGCCUUGUUGCAAAUCGUUGUAUUGCGAAGAAUGCAUCCAUAACCACCUGCUGGACAACGAUUUCGUCUGUCCUUCGUGUGAGAGCAAGAUCUCCAGUUUGAAGGGCGUCAAGGUGGAUGAAGAGGUCAAGAAGCAGGUCGACGAGUUUGUCGAUGUCGAGGUCGAAAGGAGGAAACAGGAACGGAAGGCCGCGGGCGACGAUGGGGAGGGGGAGGGGAGCGAGGACGAGGUGAAAGCGGAAGUAAAGGGUGAGGAGGCAGAUGAAAACAAGUCUGCUAAAGCAAAGUCGGAAGAACCCGGUGUCAAGCCCGGUACGCCGAAUCCCGAGAUCAAGGACGAGGUCAAGCUCGAAGAAAAGCCCGCCGAAGGUGCCACCGGAACUCAAGAUCAGUCGGCCCAGAUGGCCGGCUUCAAUAACAAUAACAACGGCAUGAACAACAACGGCAACAACAUGGAUCCGGCGAUGAUGAUGAACAUGAUGAACAUGAUGGGGAUGAUGGGAGGGAUGAACCCGAUGAUGGCAUUGCAAGCUCAAGCAGCUCAGAUCAUGAUGAACUUGCAAAAUCCUCAACUACUUCAUCCCGUUCGGCUGCAACUGCAGGUCCAGCUCAAUAUGAUUCAACAGCAGAUGAGUCAGAUGAGCAUGAUGGGCAUGGGAAUGGGCAUGGGCAUGCCGAUGAACGGGAUGAACAUGAACAUGAACGGGAUGAUGGGAUCACCGAUGGGUCAGCUGAACCAGGGACAACAGGGAUUCAACCAGCAGCAACAACAACAGCGUCAGCAGAUGCCACAUAUGCAACAGCAACAAAUUCAGCAACAACAAAUACAGCAGACCGGAGGUCCGGCGGGGGUGAAGCGCAAGUCGGAAGGUCAAGGUGGUCCGGCAGCGAAACAGGCUCGACAAUGAGGCGAUCUCGCUGGUGCCCGAGUGUUUCCCCGUGCCACAUAGUAUAGUAUCAAUUACAUCCCAGUUGUAUCAAUCCCACCAUUAGCAUAGCAACACCUUCAUAUAUCCAUACAUUCGACGUUGC